AUGAGUCCGGAGGGCGACACCCCCAGCCCGCCCGCUCGCCCGCCCCCUCCCUCCUUAUGAGAGAGAGGGAGCGCGGCGCCGGAGCCACACUGCGCCGAGCCCGCGCCCCGCCGCCACCUCGGCCGGGAGCCUGGGAGCGAGCCCUGCGUGUCCGCGCGGGGCGCCCGAGCCGCGGGGCGCACGGCGGCGCCCAGAGGGGAGCGCCCCGGGGCGGCCGUAGCUCCCGGCACGAUGCAGAGAGCUGGAGGCGGGGGUGCCCCCGGGGGCAGCGGCGGGGGCAGUGGUGGGGGCCCGGGCACUGCCUUCUCCAUCGACUCCCUGAUCGGGCCGCCGCCGCCUCGCUCCGGCCACUUGCUCUACACCGGCUAUCCCAUGUUCAUGCCCUACCGGCCGCUAGUGCUGCCGCAGGCGCUGGCCCCUGCACCGCUGCCGGCUGGCCUCCCGCCCCUCGCCCCACUGGCCUCCUUUGCCGGCCGCCUUACCAACACCUUCUGCGCGGGACUGGGCCAGGCCGUGCCCUCGAUGGUGGCGCUGACCACGGCGCUGCCCAGCUUCGCGGAGCCGCCCGACGCCUUCUACGGGCCCCAGGAGCUCGCCGCUGCCGCCGCCGCCACUGCCGCCCGAAACAACCCCGAGCCGGGCGGCCGACGCCCGGAGGGCGGGCUGGAAGCCAACGAGCUGCUGCCCGCCCGGGACAAAGUGGCAGAGCCCCCACCGCCCCCGCCUCCGCACUUCUCAGAGACUUUCCCAAGUCUGCCGGCAGAGGGGAAGGUGUACAGCUCGGACGAGGAGAAGCUGGAGGCGCCAGCGGGGGACCCAGCGGGCAGCGAACAGGAGGAAGAGGGCUCCGGCGGUGACAGCGAAGAGGACGGUUUCCUGGACAGUUCCGCAGGCGGCCCCGGGGCUCUCCUGGGACCUAAACCGAAGCUCAAGGGAAGCCUGGGGACUGGAGCGGAGGAGGGGGCGCCGGUGGCGGCGGGAGUCACAGCUCCUGGGGGCAAGAGCCGACGGCGCCGCACAGCAUUUACCAGUGAGCAGCUUUUGGAGUUGGAGAAGGAGUUUCAUUGCAAGAAAUACCUGAGCUUGACAGAGCGUUCCCAGAUUGCCCACGCCCUCAAGCUCAGUGAGGUGCAGGUCAAGAUCUGGUUUCAGAAUCGGCGCGCCAAGUGGAAGCGCAUCAAAGCCGGCAAUGUGAGCAGCCGUUCUGGGGAGCCCGUAAGAAACCCCAAGAUUGUGGUACCCAUACCGGUGCACGUCAACAGGUUUGCCGUACGGAGCCAGCACCAACAAAUGGAACAGGGGGCCCGGCCCUGA